AUGAUACUACACAGUCUCUUAGUUUGCUGCCUAAUCCUGCCCGAUGCUAGAGCAUUUUCGCUGUCUGCGCUUCCAAGGACUGUCACUUCAAGAACGAGCACCACAUCCUUAGCAUCUUCCGACUCUGCAAAAGCUGCCCUGGAAAGAACUGCAUCUCAUCUUGAACGACUCAAGUCUCGGGAAGACAUUGUAUCCAGUGGCAACGCCAAUACCGAUCACGCGUUUGAAGCUUUGACAAGAGAGUAUCUGCAAAGACCAGCGAAUGCAUUAAAGGGAGAAUUGAAGAAACUCAGGCAGCCAACGAAAGGGGGGAAGCCAGAUCUAGCGCGUCGAUUAGCUGCUUACGACAUUGCAAAAAAAACUGGUGUUUCGCCUGUUGGCAAUGAUAACUCAGAAGUGAAAGACUGGAAUCCAGCCGAAGAACGAAAGAAAGGAGACACAGUGGUGGGGGAAGCCUUGGGACCAAUCGACACUUUUUGUGGGUUGAAAUUGUCCAAGGCUGCGAGUGAAGCAUUGGGAAAAGCCAACUUCAGAGCGCCCAGUCCCAUCCAGGAAGCAGCAAUUCCCGCUCAAGUAAAUGGAGAGUCCAUCAUCGUGCAUGCCGAAACAGGUUCUGGGAAAACGUUGGCCUAUCUGUUACCCAUCACAGAGCAACUUUGGAAAGACCACUACGCAGAAGAUGAUGAUGGCUACGGAUUCAUCAUGACUCCAACCAGAGAGCUUGCAGCUCAGGUAGCAGGUAUUGCAUCGGUCUUGGCCCCUCCUGGAACUGUUCGAAUGGUUUCACAUCCUACCAAUUUAAUGACAGAUGGUCUAAAAGACCGUGGCGAAAGAGAAAAUGGCGGCCGUAUAGAUGAUGGUGACGGAAGAACCAUGCCGCGAUUGUUCAUCGGAUCGGCAAAGAGCAUCAUGGGGAGUCUAUAUGGUGAUGGCAAAAUGCCAGCUCCUCCCACGACGAAACCAGAGGCAAAGUAUCUUUUGGCGAAUACACGGUGGGUGGUGAUGGAUGAAGUGGAUCGACUGCUUGAUACCAAGCGAGGAAGAGACCCAUCUACAACCAGGAACAAGCACGAGAAGCCCGCAGCAAUUGUCACUUCUGCAGUCGCUCGAUUGACUUUCGGCAGGGCUCAGGUUGUAUCAGUGAGCGCAACAGUAGGAAGGACAUUGAAACGGGAAUUAAGCCGAGUGCUUGGAUUACCUCCCAAAGAAUUCCCAGCCGUUGUCCGUGGUAACGACAGCAUGCAAGAAGAAGAGUUCAGAAAGGCGAACACCGGUGGUCAUCUUGGCCGAGCAGUAACAAUCCCUGAGACCGUAAAGAACUAUAUAGUUCCGGUCGACAGUUCAUCAACGGGAAAGGUGUUGACUAGCGCAUUCUUCGUACUCCGAGAGUUGAACAAGCAACAAACCCGUCGUAUUCUGCUAGUAUUGACAAAGGGCUCUGGAAUUAGUACCCAGAAUACGCUUGGAGCCUUGAAACACUUUCAAUGCAAACCAGAGCCAAGAUCUCUACUCGACGUAUUGGAAGCGGACGGUACGGACAGGCUCAUUGAGGUGCACCGUGAAGUCUCUGGUGCUACUGGGGUAGGCGAAGCGAAAGGUGUUGAGAAGGAUCAAGGGUAUGUGUUGGUCACUGGAGAAGAUUCAGUGAGAGGUCUGCAUUUGGACGGACUGGAUGCUGUCGUAGUUGUCGGGAGAGCACAAGGACCAGAUGAAUAUACCCAUAUCGCUGGGAGGACAGGUAGAGCUGGACGAAGGGGUAGUGUUUUUAAUGUUGUGAGUGGAAAAGAGGCAUCUGCUGUAAAGGCAUGGGAAAAGAUGCUUGAAACAGAAUUUUUGGAGAUUGCAAUCGAAGACAUCCCAAACCAAAAUAGAGAGUAA